AUGUGUGAAUCAUUAAACGAUGAUAAAUGGGGUAGCAAAGAAGAUGGAUCAGGAACAGUUGCUUAUGUUUUAAUGGAAAAUAAAAUUGAGACGUAUCAAGUUAAUUUUAUUUGGAAAGAACAUGUAUAUAAAAAACAUCAUUAUUCUUUGUUAUGUGGUUUAAUGACUUGUUCAUUUAAAAAUUUUAUUUCUGAAUAA